CGUCGAGCGCUGGCAACGACGUCCGAAAAAAGCGGAGGCGUGUUGUGCGCGUGCGAGGCCUACAUACGCGAUAUUCACUCGCUGUGUCGUCUGCCCAGCGUGUUCGUGACGGCACCGGCAUGGCUUUCUGAGAUCGCGCACGGAACCAGCCCGCCAACCAUGAGUUGCGCAGAGGCGAUGGCCGAUGACCUCGGCAAGUUCGGAGACCCGGAUGACCUUGCCGACGCCGAGGACCUGGUCAUGCUGAAGUUGGAGAAGCCUUUACCUGCAGGCCGAACCGUUCCGAAGCAGUUCACACUAAACGGUGACCGUUCGAUACUCACGGUGGAUUACAGAGGUUUCAUCGGCAACCGCAGCUUUUUGGUCAAGCAGGGUUACCCGAGGGUGCUGUUUGCUGGCUGCCCCGGCUUCAAGUCUGCGAAGGGCUUUCUCGCCGCUGCGCAGGACGUUCUGUGCAAGACGCACACACUGGUCAUCGUGCACAACCGGGAUGUCGUGGUGGACCUGACGGCCUGGUUUCCAGAUGUUCUUGCACUCGUCCUCUUUCACAACCUCAACUGCCAGCGCAUAGAGAAGGCGCACGUGCAAGGCAACAGGCCCACCUCGCGUCUCAAAAGACUAUGCGGCAACACGCCCGGCAUAGGCACCGAUGAGCUCUUUCUCGGCCCGUUCACCCUCACGAAUCUCUUUGCCUGCUGUCCCGAGUUCUCCCAGGUUCAGGCGCCCAUGGAGUACAUCGUUAAGAUGACCGACCAGGUCCAAUCGGAGGAGUGGCACAAUCUGCCAUUGCUCGAGAGCUGCCGGGAGCUGAGACUCGGCGGCAUCGCACAACUUGCUGGUUGCAAAUACACCAUACUGAGCAAAGCCGAUGGGAAUACCAUGGACAUGGCCCUCAAGCAGUAUCCAGAUAUCGAGCAGCUCCAGGUGGCUGCCAUGAAACCCGAGGUCAUUUCCCGGAUCCCCAAGUUUGCACAGCUCACGCGUCUGUGCCUGAUGUGCUCGAACGACACCCAGGGCCUGUGCCGUUUCGACCGGCUGACCCCGGUCCUGGAAGAACUGUCGCUGACGCAUCUGAAGCUGGUGCUCUUUACUGACGUGAGCCUCCGGACGAUCUCCGAAACCUGCGAGCAGCUCCAGAGCCUGUCUCUCUCGGGAAGCCAUGUUCGUGACGAGGACAUUCCGUGCGACGCGUUUCCGAAGCUUAUGUCACUCGCACUGGCGGACGGCAUCACGGAGAAGCCGUUCUUCGGACUCCUACGCGCGGCCCCCGGCCUGACCGAUUUGAGACUCGAGAACUACUGGACAGUGAUGAUGUUCGUGGGAGGGCCGAUGAGUACGCCCAGGCCCCGGCACGAGCACCUACGGCAGCUCACGCUGGGUACCGACCUGCCAGUGACGAAGCUACAGGUGUCGAUCGCAGACUUACGCGACGUGAUGCGAUCGGUGCCGUCCUUGGUGAGGUUGUGCACGGACAGCUACGACAUUCGGUUAUUCGUGGGCAGCUACCACCCGCAGGUGAGGCUGGCCUGGACCACGUGCACGGCCUGCACCGCAGAGUUCCCCAAGAUGGACUCUCAGCAGGAUGAUAUGUGGCGAAACGUGUUCGUGAGAGGUCUGCUUUCAUGAGAGGUCUGUUUCUCCGUGACUGGAGGUGCGCCAGCUUUUCCCAAUCAAGUAUGGGCUGGGGAAAAAUCAUAAGCGAUCUGCGAGUGCGUUCCAAACUGCAGUCUACGCCCUCUGACGAAGCAAGCGCCUGGUGUGGAGACAUGGCAUUGCGCAUGCGCGCUAGGAAUAGCAAUGAUUAAAGUGUCUGCUUCGUCCGCUCUGACGUGCGACAGUGCCUUGCACUCUCCGCUGCUUUUCGAAUAUCUAGAGGCUUUCAUUUGACACGCACUCGCAAAUACCGUAUUACUUUGUCUCACCCCUGUACAUGAUGCGUAUAUGAAGAAUUUGGUCACGGUUCCUCACCAAGUAGAUGCAUUAAGAAAGGACGUUUUUGAGGCCACACGGGUUCUUUCGUUGGGGCCAUAGACAGGCGUCAGCGGAAGGCUUCCUGUGUCUUGAAAUAUGACGCCUUGACUUGGUCAGUGACCGCCAAUGAUUUCUUCUUUACGAAACCCGACACAACCAACUUUCGUCCAAGUCUUGACUAUGUGCAUGCACGUGUGAAACCGAGAUGGCCCAAAUAGCUUUGCAAAAUCGCAGUUUUCAGUAGAACACGAAGGAUGAUACGGUUGGGCGUGAUGGUAUGUUAUAAUUCGCCGUACAGUGCAAAACACAUGCAGAGCGAACGAGACGAGCGCGGUAUGUCGUUCGCUUUAUGCCUGUUCGUCCCCUGUUUUGGGGCUGUACAGAAAAAAAAAGUAUUUCAAUUUAUAUGCGACACGAGCUUGCUGGACGACAUUCACCUGGUCAUCAGGAAAUUAUAUCAUGUCCCCAAAUGGCUACGUAUUUGAUGUAAUGCCGUUACAUCGGAGAGAGUCGGGCACAGCGGCACCGGAGGCACUACUUUGUGACGCUUUUGUCAAGCAUAAUAUACGUGAGAACCAUU